UUUCAAACGUCGCGCGGUAUAAGGUUAUCCGCAUUUCUAUACGAAAGUUCCAGAAGUUACCUUUAGAAACGUGCGAUAGUGUUGCUAAUCGAUCGUAGAAGCUACUACGAGUUAAACUAUAUUUCAUAUAUAUAGGUCUAACGUACUAUUUCAAGAAUUAACGAUAUUAAUACUAAUUUAAUUUCGAUAAAGAUACACAGUAUAUUUUAUCGAUUUAAAUCGAUUUAAUGACAACGAAGUAAUAUCGAAUCCGAAGGAAGUAGUAUCGAAUCUCAAUGAAAUAACAGGAACGAUAGUUUACAAAUACAUUUGUAAAAUGACGGUAGUAUACUGUUGUAUAACACGAACCUAAUGAGAUCUAUUCGAAACUGUUACUCCUUAAUUUCGUCCCGCGAGAAUAUAAGGAAAUAAAUAAAGAGGUUAGAUGACAUAUCGAUACGUCACGCCCUCCCUUGCUGAAUUGGGCGGUCGUGGAAAUUUGCCCGAGAUGAAUAAGCACGUACUCAUGCUAACACGUGUACCUGGUGCUGGUGCAGAACUAUUGGUGCUGAUCCUGCAACGUUUACAAGGUUACAAUGCCUUUAAACAUAUUCGUUUGCCGCCUGGAGAUUCUGGACUUUUGACGACGUUGCAGCAGGAACUACUCGUGGAAGAGAUUACAAGUAUUAUAAGACAAGAGGCUAUUCCAUUGAGUUUCGAUGGCGAUAUAAGGUUCUUAAAUUUUUCUGAAUUUGGUCGUCAGGCACCAACUUUCUUAGCCUUAGCAAGGGAUCCUUUGGAUCCACGUACUUUGCAUAGAUAUCGGAAAGAUGGAGCGGCGGCCGUUCUUUAUCGCGGAACGAUCUCUCAUUUUUGCGGACAGGAUCCUCGUUGCUCGAAAAGAAAUAACAAAUGGGCGUUACAACGAGCCAAGGCAAAUGUUGUUCGAUGGUAUCCAGUGGUCGGUCUUCUCGAUUACAUGGAAGAAACUUUACACGUUCUCCAAAAGGAAUUUCCGUACUUUUUCACCGGUUCCCUUCGCAUAUAUAAUAAGUUGCGACCGAAAGAAAAUUAUUUAUCGAAACGUUCGAUAAGUAUCAAAACUCGAGCGAAAAAAGUAUUGGAAGAAGUGAUGGCAGAUGAAGUAGAAUUUUAUAAGUGGUUGAAAUUUCGAUUAUUUAAUAAAACAUCCGAUAAUGGGUGAUAAUUAAGUUAAAGAUUAUUGAAGAUAAUAAUAAUUGGCUUGUUUUUGGAUCAUGCAAAUUAAUUUUGAUCUUCCAAUUAAGAGGCGGCUAAAAAUAUAAAGGUAAAAUAUUCAAUCCUUCGUAUGAAAUGCCAAAGAAAUAAAUUAGUCGAAUAUGUAUAUGUCAUUUGACACAGCAUAAACGGGGAAAAAAUAUUAUCGUAUUCGUAUGGUGCAUUAUUCUUUGAUUUUGAACGCCUGUUGGUACGUGCAACGCCAUCUUGUAUCAUAUCAGUUACUGAUAUACUUAGAUGUUAAGUUAAUCAAUCCUUGAACACUGUGCAUGCAUGCAUUGCAGCAAAUGGUAACGGUAUAGAAUUUAAUCGUAAAGGUUUACACAGAUAAUAUGUUUUAGAAACAUAUACAAUAAUUUGUAUAUAUACAUUGAAAUUGUUUUUCUCGCUUUUUAUCAUUUUUCUACGUUGAUUUAUUGAACAUUUGUAGAAUAAAUACAGAGAAUUGUUGAGUCAAGAAA